AUGUCGUAUUUCAGCCUGGACGAUAACAACCCCCUUGAUUCAUGGUCGGCCGGACCAGGUACCACGAGUCCAGGAACGACAGCAGAGAGCAAAACGCCCGACCUCCGCACUAUCUUGACCCAAGUUACCGACUGGCUUCAGGAUGAAAAGGCAAAGCGACAGAAGCAAAGACAUCGUCGCCAUCACCAUAAUCACAACAAGCCGCAGAAGACAUCCGACGAUCAAAGCGACAACCCUAGAUCCCAUGAAGUCGCCCCUGACGAUGAGCAAGACAUGUCCCUACAGAGGCUUGAGAACAUCCUCCAAAACUUCUCCUUCACCAAUACUUCAAAGCUUCUCCACAAAUCUUCAAGCUCCAUUUUGAGAAGAGGAUCCCUCGGCAAGAAAUACAAACAGUCUCCUCGCUCCGUUCCAGCUUCAUCAGACACCGAGUUCUUUGGCGAAGAUAUCUUGGUUCCCAAUGUCGAAGCGAAGCUGGAUAAUACCAAAACGAUGGCUUUCACUGGCGGUUCGGCAGAUGUGGAUACCAGCGAUAGUGCGAGGAGGCAGGACUAUGAGCAUUGGGUGACGUUCAAAAAGGAUAUUGUCCGCUUGACGCAUACACUUAAGCUUAAGGGCUGGCGCCGCAUCCCAAUUGAUAGAGCUGCCGAUAUUGAUGUUGCGCGUCUGAGCGGUGCCCUUACCAACGCUGUCUAUGUUGUCCAUCCUCCCAAAGAUAUGUCCGAAUACGAUGCCCACAACCCUUCCGACCCUUCUGCCCCGCCCGUCCCUGUCUCCCGACGCCGCCCUACAUCUCUUCUCCUUCGUAUCUACGGCCCCCAGGUUGAACAUCUGAUUGACCGAGAAGCCGAACUUGGGAUCCUUCGUCGCCUUGCUCGAAAAAGUAUCGGACCUCGCCUCCUGGGGUCUUUCGAAAACGGCCGCUUUGAGGAGUUUCUCAAUGCCAAAACCCUUACGGCGGAGGAUCUGCGUGCUCCCGAGACCUCGAAACAAAUUGCCAAACGAAUGCGCGAGCUUCAUGAAGGGAUUGACUUGCUUGAAUCUGAACUCGCUGCAGGCCCCGCGGUCUUUGUGAACUGGGACAAAUGGGUCGACCGGUGUGAGAAAGUCAUCUCUUGGCUCGACGAACAGGUCCAUCAGGUGGACAAGGAGGUCGCAGACGGAACAGCAAGGCGAAAGUCGAGGGGGAAUGCGCGCUACGUCCGACGAGGGUUGAUUUGCGGUGUUGAAUGGCCCGUAUUCCGCAAAGCCUACGACACAUAUCGACAGUGGCUAAUCGAACAAUGUGGUGGCGUCGAGGGAAUCCGCGACCUGCUCGUCUUCGCACACAAUGACACUCAAUACGGCAACCUUAUGCGCCUACAACCUUCUGGCACGUCGCCACUCCUCCGACCAUCGAAUCAACACAAGCAACUCGUCGUCAUCGACUUUGAGUACGCAGCACAAAAUCCUGUCGGGUUGGAAUUCGCCAACCAUUUCACCGAGUGGUGUUACAACUAUCACAAUCCCCCCGACAAGAACUUUCAAUGUGACACGCGACGAUACCCGAACGAGCAGGAGCAACACAGAUUUGUGAGGAGUUAUGUCAUGCACCGGCCGCAGUUCAACCCCUCGGCGAGUGCGACGCCAAAGAUGGAGGCCCGGGAGAAGACCAAUAUCAGCGAUUUCAUGCUCGAUGCUCGAACCCCAGGAGGCGGAGUUCCGAAUGCUUGGGGAGGGAGUAGCGGGUUUGAGGGGCCCGCCGAAAGUGACUACGACAAAGAAGAGUCCGAACGGGAAAGGGCCCAGGAAGAAGAAAUCAAUCGGUUGUUGCAGCAAACGAGGCUGUGGCGGGUUGCCAAUUCGGCACAGUGGGUGGCAUGGGGGAUCGUGCAGGCCAAAGUGCCGGAGCUGGACGCAAUGCAGGAAAAUAAGGCGACGUUAAAGACAAUGGGCCAGCGCAUCCAGGAGAGGAGAAGGAGUGUGACGGAGAUGAUAUCCGCAGGAGAGAAGAAGGUUGUCGAGAAGAUGAAGGGCUUGGUGAACAGGGAGGGUGGCGACGACAAACAUCAGCAGACCGAACAUGCGUAUGCAAUGUCCGACCCCCUGACUGAAGAGGAGCAACGGAUCCAAUUGGAGAGUCACUGGGAUCGACCAGAGGGAAGAGCACAAGAGGAGGCACACCAGGAAGGCAAUGGAGAUGUAGUGGUCAAGCACCCAGUGGACGCUUCUGACCACAGUUCCACUUGCGGUACCACCACGCAAAAGCACGCCGAGGAGAAAAAGACCGACGUCGAGCAAGCCGUCACCCCUAACGGAGGAGCUAAGUCUGACCGAUCACAACAUCACGUCGACCCUCAACCUCCAACCGAACCCCAGCACAACAACGACCCUACAGACACGACAUCGGGACGCGAAGACGGAGCGUCUCACGCGGACGGUGACCCCGAUGCUGGUGGUGACGAACCCGACGAGCCCGAAGACGAGUUCGACUACCUCGCCUACGCCCAAGACCGCGCCAUGUUCUUCUGGGGCGACUGCCUCCGCCUCGGCCUGGUCAAGGAAUCAGACUUGCCCCGGGAUCUCGUCCAACGGGCCAAGAUUGUGCCGUACUGA